CUCGGGUCCUGACCUCAACAACCAAGUUCGGCCCUGGUAGCCUUGAAUUCUCAUGAGUAUUACAUCGAUAUUAUAAUAUCAUCCAUAAUACUUCCACUCUAUAUUAAUUCAACCUACCACCCACCACAUCCGGACUCUUUCAACUAUCACCACCACUCCAGGACGUAUACGACUUGCGACUCCGGUUACUAAUACGUUGACCUGUCCACCACCAAUUGGUUUGAGGAACCAAUUCACUUACACCACAUAACCCCAACCACAACAACAUGCAUGUACUACACGGCUUCGGCCAGCGACGAAAGUCGUCUCGCCGCCCUAGAGAUCUCCAUAUCCGAAAGGUCUCAUUCUCUGGAUCCUCUCUCUCCUCCGGCUGCUCUCUCUCAUCAUCCUCAUCAUCAACCAUCUCUGCUGUAUCAACACCAGCCCUUCAAACACCAACAGCUUCUCGACCCGAAAUCGAUCCUCUCGCCUCACAUUCCGCCUUCCACGCACCACCAAGACUGUAUGAACGACCAUUUAUCCGCAUGGACGAUGCCGAGCCUGUCUUUUAUGGUACCGACGAUGCAGUGAUCGAUGAGGAGGACUAUGUCGAGCAGGAUGUUGCUGCUCAACAACCAACUGAGAUGGCUCUGCCUCCUCAUGUAAGCCCAAUGGAUGCUGCUGAUGAGGAGGGCAAUGAGCCAAGGGAUUAUUUCUUUGCAACAUUAUCAAAACGGCCACCGAUGCCCAAGUCUCGCUGGUCCGAGUCUACUAUCCAGAGCAUCCAGACCUUCGAGGAUGAGGAAGAUGACUCAGAAGUCACACAGUCCGAAGACUCUGAGGAUGAGACCGAUAAUGCUUCAGUCCUUGAGAUGCGUCGUCUAUCACGCCACGCCUCAACACUAAAGCCUGUCUCUAUUAACACAACUUACACUGCCCGACCUGGUCUGGCACCUAAGCGUCCUCCCAUGCGCUCCCUUGACAGCGUCGACAAUUUUAUCCGACGCGGAGGAUGGAAGCGUCGUGGCAUUGUCUUCCACAAGGAAGACCUUGACAACCAGCGGUGCGAGCAGGACCGCAACAGCUUCUAAACUACUCUCCUCUUACAUCACUCACUCAACAUACCCUCUCAUUGUUUCUUUAUUUCAUUCAUCUCAUGAUAUUUCGUCGAUACCCCAUUUCAGCACAUACCAUCUGCUUCUUUUCUUUCUUUGAAUGACAUCGUACGGCUGUUUUAACAUCCCGUCGCCCCAAUAUCCGGGCUUGAAUUUUUUUUUUCCAUGUCUAUACAUAUCAAUGGGGGCCUGGAGUUUUUGUCUAUACGAGCCUUGGGACUUUUGGGAAAGCGACAAAAGCAAUCAUUUUUUGGGUUAUGGGAUUAGGAUGUAUGCGAUUAUGGGACUUACGGCUUGGAUAUUGUGUUGGAUACACAUCUCUCAUGGAUUUUUCUACUACAUAUUACUCUACUAUUACUCUCCCUCUCAAUGGGCGGCAUUCUCUUCUUACUCUACCGAACAAUCUACAUAGGAGUCUCUUCAUGAGGCAGAAUACUACACUUUGCCGUCUCCAUAUCCUGCAGCCUUGAUUAUCG